AUGCGACUCUCGUCUGGCCCACAUAGCGGAAGAACGACAAGAGCGGGCCACUCACCCAAAGUCUAUUCCGCCACAAUCGUCCGAAACGACGGAUUGUUCGAGGCCAAUGGCAUCGACGUCCGCAACGACGGUAUAGGGAUUGUGCGUGGCGAUCUUGACAAGAUACCGCGCGUCCGAAACGACGUUAAACUAGUGCCCCUGAACCUAGGGGUUGUCAUUGAUGUCCAAUCCCCUGGACACCAAUGCGUCCGCAAUGACGUUAAACUACUUGCUCCCGACCGCAUGGGAGUUGUGAUUCAUCACUCUGGUGCUGAAUCCACAGGGAUCAUCAUCAACGUCGUCCUUGACGAGAACGACGCCGAUAACGUCCGAGAUGACGUUAAACUACCCUCAUCCUCGGAGGAAAAGUCUAUCGUCCGCCUAAUGCACGGCGUUAAACUGCAGUAUAAACCGUCCAUCAUGCCUCAGUGGAAUCUGGAGCGGGUAAAGUCUGGUCUAUGGCCCUAUGCACACAACCGAUGGAAAUUCCGGCGUGCAGAAACAUCUUUUCCCCACAGAUAUUCCAUGUUGAUGAUGAAGAACAUCCGAGACGAUGUAAAACUACUGACGUCCGCAAAGACGUUAAACUACGAAUCGUCCGAAACGACGAUAAACUACGGACCAUCCCGCAUGACGUUUUAA